AUGGCGGAUAUACCUACAAUAAAGGCACUGCCCACCUUUACUAGGGAGCAGUUGAUUAAGUACUUUAGCCGACUAUAUCAAUGCCAGCCCGACGAUGGGGAGAAGAGACUGAAAGAUAUUGAGCAUUUGGUCGUUUCUGACGCUCUAGAGGCCCUGUUCACCCUCCAGCGGCGACAUUUGGCGACAUUCCCAUUCUCUAACUUGGUUCUCCAUUACUCUCAACACUAUACAAUAUCGCUUGAUCCAGAUGUCCUGUUCCAUAAGGUAGUGGAAAGGGGACUUGGCGGUUACUGUGUGGAAAACACUGGGCUAUUUUCAAUUGUGCUUCGGACUCUUGGAUUUAAAUUCUACUCUGGGGGGGCGAGGGUCACAAGGAGUCUAGUUGCUGGGCCUGCGAAUGCCGAGUUCCAUGGAUUCGGCCACCAAAUAUUGAUAGUUAUUAUAGACGGUAUUAAAUAUUUGGUGGAUGUCGGAUUCGGCCCCCAGGGACCUACGCAGCCUUUGGUGCUGAAGGAAGGGGAACCAGAUCUAACCCGCGUUGUCCAGAUGAGCUUGGUUCGGCAGAAUCUAAGCAUUAACACUGAUCCUGACCAGCGGCCAUGGCUGUACCGAUUCCGCAAUGACUCUGAUAGCGAGUGGGUGAUGGCCUAUUGUUUCUACGAGAUCGAGUUCACACAUGACGACUAUGAGGUCAUGAACUAUUGGACCAGCACGCACCCAGCGAGCCUCUUUACCCAUGGUAUCAUCUUUACGAAAUUCACGCUCAACGUGGCAGAAGACGACAUCGACGGGGUCGUAAUGCUCCUAAAGGAUACCGUUAAGAGAAACCAUAAGGGGAACUUUGAAAUUCUGAAAACUCUAAAAAGCGAGGAGGAACGCGUUGACGCGCUGAAAGAGUUCUUUAAUGUACAUCUCCUGCCGAUGGAGAUCCGCGGCAUUCGCGGAAAGAGCACCGAGAUCAAGCAAGUCUCUGAUUUUUGA